ACCUAGAUUUGUUCGUGAAUUUGUUACAUUACUAUGAAAACAGUCAGGAUAGUAAUGACGUGCAACUUCGUGUAAGACAAAGGGGAGCCUUCGAAGUAUGAAGUCGAAAUUAGAGCCAGAAGAGAGACCCAUAUGUAACGCAGUGAACGUGUUCCGCGAAAGAGGGAACUAUUUACAACGGCUGGAACUAUUCGAAAAGUCCACACAGGCGUACAAUGAGGCUCUGCGAUGGAAUGGCUCUGAUGUUCGUUCCUUGCUGGGCCGAAGCUUGGUGCGAGCGAAAGCAACGCAUUAUGCCGGUGCCUUGGCCGACGCAGCGCAAGCGGCUGCAUUGGAGCCUCAAAAUUCAAGAGCUUUGCAAAUUCGUGCGCAAACUGAGUACGAGAAAUGCGCCUUUGAACGCGCUCUGGUGCUUGCACACAGGGGGCAACGUAUGAGACGGUUCCCGCCAGACUUUGCUGAAUGUGCACGCUGUGCUGAAGAAACGGUACGGGAAUGUGCUGGGAAGACGGCAAGCGAUGUGUUGCACACCGCUGUAACACUGCUUAAGAACAUGGAGAUAAAGCGACAGUCCCUCGAUGAGGAUGCACCUAAUGCCUUACUUCGGCCCCGACGUAUGCAACCACAGAAGGAACAACAGGUCCAAGAAAUAUCCCGCGCGGAAAAACAGAGAGCCGAACAAAUCUCCCGUUUAAUGGCUUCGAAAUAUUUGGAGCGAAUGGCACAUGACAAAUAUUUCUUAACUGCCUUAUGUAAGGACGAACGAUUGGUCUCUGCCAAUAAACAAGGAUCUCUAAAGCUGCAAGAACUGGCCCACAAGGCGCUCGCCGACGUCGAGAAACGACAAGCUGUCUUACGUGAGCGAAGGCCUCUUUAUGCUGCUCGAGCACUAGGGGCGGCUGCCCGGGCCCGCUUGUCACGCGCGCGGAAGGAGCAAUUGACGCACACGCAAAAGCAACACGCCACCGACGCACGCCGCCUCAUACAGACAGCUCAAUCCAUUUACGAGGAACGAGAUACCGCCAAGUGUUUGGAGCAAGCCGAGUUCGGAAUGGAACAAAUAACAAGGAAACCAGCCAACUUAUUACCGGGAAAAGAUAAAUUCUUGCAAGAGCUUCACGAUAUUGUUGGAAACGCUUUCCUGGACCAGAAACGUGUUCGAGCAAAUAUGAGCGAGGCGGAUCGGGAACGAAGGGCGUUUAUUCUUCUGGGCAUGACGGUGUCUCGUGAGCCGAGUCGCGACUCCGUGCUCCGGGUGCGACCGCCAGCUCCGCCUCGGGACGCCAAAGUUCGCAUUCGUACUUUAGAACGAGCAUUGUCGAUGAGCACACGAGAGUCUGAACGAUGUUACUUGUUGCAUGAACUUGCUCGUCUCAAUGUCGAUACAAAGCAACCGUUAAAAGCAAGAGUUUACGCGACCAAAUGUCAAACCGAGGCUAAAGCAUCCAAUCAGCGUUCGUGGCUUUUAAACGCGCAGUUCCUAUUGGCUCGCUGCCAUCUCCUGCAGAAUAACCGGCCCGAAGCCCGAGCAGUACUUCUAGAAGCCGCGGGUCUCGCCCGCUCCUACGGCUACGGUGAAGUGGCCGACUUCUAUGACACUUGUGUCAACGUUUCUUUGGAAGGUGAAGUGAUCGCCUCGGAUGCUCCUUUAGAGAAACGCGAGAAAGAUUUGGUGAGCUUGAUGCAAGAUGAUGACUUACGAUCUGCCGCCAGACAUCUGUUCAAGAGGAUGUCUAAUAUACCAGUCAGCAGACGCUUCUCCAUAAUGCCCGGAGCUAGAGUUGAAGAGAGUGCGAACGCAUCACGUGCCAUUCAUAGGAGACUGUCCAUUAUGCCUAAAGGUCCACAACCAACUAAAAUGACCAGAAAACCUAAUCGUACUUUAGGAUUCCAGGACUUUGAUUUUUGAUACUAGCUUUUUAUUUUGAAAAUGGUAUUUUGCC